AUGGUUUUGGGUGUCUUUCUGUUUUGUUUGGUCUUCUUUGGCUGCUCGUUGCCAUAUUCUGCCGGCUGGCAUGUACGAAAAGAAUGGAAUCAUGGUUCUAACUUCGCGCUCCCAAAUGUGUCUUCUUCUUUUAAUCGAAUAUCUCCCUUGAAAGCACGGAGUAGCGCUUUGAGUGUGGAGUCCAGUCGCGACUACGCUUCUAAAUUGGAUGACUUUUAUGUUCGUACUCGAACUCUUUUUCUGAACGGCGAGAUUGACGACAAAGUAUCAUACCGUUUAAUAAGUGCUAUUUUGCGUAUGAAUGAGCAGAAUCCCAAUGACAAGAUUACCUUUUAUAUAAACUCCCCAGGUGGGUCAGUGUCGGCAGGGUUUGCUGUUUAUGACAUGCUCCAGAGUCUCAAUAUGCCUGUAGAAACUGUUUGUCUUGGUCAAGCUGCGUCUAUGGGUGCUUUUUUGCUUGCUUCAGGUACCAAAGGUAUGCGUUGUGCAAUGCCUAAUUCACGUAUCAUGAUCCACCAACCUUUGGGCGGUGCUCACGGUGAAGUUAGUGAUAUAAAGAUUCAAGCUAACGAGAUACUCCAAAUAAGGCAGAUACUGAAUGCACAUCUCUCCCACAUCACCGGGAAACCUAUAGAACAGAUUGAGCGUGACUGUGAUCGUGACAAUUAUAUGAGGCCAGCGGAGGCGUUGGAGUACGGGCUGAUUGACCGUAUUUGCACCACUCGUACAUCUCACAUCGUUGUGGGUCCAGCGUGUACUGUUGAAUAA